AUGAAGGUGUUACUGCUCAUCAAUAUAAUAAAACGAUAUAAAGAUAUUACUAAAGAUGUAACUGCUCAUCAAUGUAAAGAUAAUAUGAAGGUGUUACUGCUCAUCAAUAUAAUAAAACGAUAUAAAGAUAUUACUAAAGAUGUAACUGCUCAUCAAUGUAAAGAUAAUAUGAAGGUGUUACUGCUCAUCAAUAUAAUAAAACGAUAUAAAGAUAUUACUAAAGAUGUAACUGCUCAUCAAUGUAAAAACAAUAUGAAGGUGUUACUGCUCAUCAAUAUAAUAAAACGAUAUAAAGAUAUUACUAAAGAUGUAACUGCUCAUCAAUGUAAAAACAAUAUGAAGGUGUUACUGCUCAUCAAUAUAAUAAAACGAUAUAAAGAUAUUACUAAAGAUGUAACUGCUCAUCAAUGUAAAGAUAAUAUGAAGUAUAAAGAUCAAUGUAAAAACAAUAUAAAGAUGUUACUGCUCAUUCAUAUAAUUAAACGAUAUAAAGAUAUUACUAAAGAUUUAACUGCUUAUCAAUGUGAAAAACGAUAUAAAGAUGCUCAUCAAUAUAAUAAAACGGUAUAA